CCCCACUUUACGGCCGACGAUGAUGCGUGCCUCUGUUGCCACCUACGACAGCGAGCACCACCUCUCAAUCUCGAGAUUGAUAGCUGGAUCUCACCACACACCACACCACACCCACCACAAUGAACAGGAUAUUCGGCUCCAACAAGGCCAAGCCCAAGCCCAACCUCACAGACGCGAUUGCGUCGACCGACACGCGCAUGGGCAACAUCGAGGUCAAGAUCAAGAAGCUGGACAACGAACUCGCGACGUACAAGGCGCAGAUGGCCAAGCUGCGCGACGGGCCCGGCAAGUCCGCUGUCCAGCAGCGCGCGCUCCGCACGCUCAAGCAGAAGCGCAUGUACGAGUCGCAGCUCAACCAGCUGCAGCAGCAGACGUUUAAUAUGGAGCAGGCGGCGAUGACUACGGAGAACUUGAAGAACACGAUGGCCACGGUCGACGCCAUGCGCAUCGCCAACAAGGAGAUGAAGCGGCAGUACAAGGGCAUCGACAUCGACAAGAUCGAGAGCAUCCACUACGACAUGGAGGACUUGAUUGAGCAGGCGAACGAGAUCCAGGAGAGCUUGGGGCGGAGCUAUGGUGUGCCGGAUGAGGUGGACGAGGAGGAGCUGCAGGCUGAACUCGACGCCCUCGGACUCGAUGACGAACUGGUCGGCGAGAACGAAGCGCCAUCGUACCUCUCCGAGUCGACCGCGCUGCCCGACUUUGUCGACGCCGAGCCGGUCGAGGAGGCCAAGGAGCCGACGGCGGAGGUGGCGAGGUAGCGAGCGAGGUCGCGGAGCGACCGAGCGGUGAGCGACUCGAGCAUGCACAUGGCAAUACCGCACCGGUGCUAAGCAUCACUGGUGUCACAAUACGUAGUAGCGAUGUACAAUAAUCUAUGUGUGGUGAGGGUGGAGUGGUGGGGGUGCGGCGCCGGCGGGCGUGGCGUGAGGACGAGCCUUGCCGCACAUGGUUUCCGCACCAGCUUAUCCUACGGCUCCGGCCUCAGUAGCAGGGCCCGCCGCCUCUCCAGGUCUCGGAGCCAGGCCAGCAAGCGCCGAGCAAGCACCCAACCGCGCAACGCGGCGGGACUCGCUGCGCUCGUCGGCUUAGAACCGCAACUGGCGCGUAUCAACACCCUUCAU